CACAAAGGACUCUCUCUCUUUCUCUCUCUCUCUCUGCCUCUGUCAAAUUACGUCGCCGUUUUUCAUCCAAACGCAAACCUCUGGUUUCAGCGUCACCGUAGGAGCUCUCGACCUUUCAUAUUAAAGUCGUGGACUUUCUUUCUUCAAGACCUGAAAAGAUAGAAAUAAUAGUAUAUAAUUACCAUAGAAAUCAAAAUCCUCGUCGUUUCUGGGUUUCAUCGUGUUGUCUUUGGGUUAGAGACCAAAAAGAUGACAUAAAAACCCCAUUUUGGAAACUUAGACAAAGAACAAUUUCAAGAGAUUGUGAAGUUCUUGUUGGGUUAGUGUGCUGUUUUCUGGCGAAUGCUGAGUCUCUUCUCUCUAGACUCAGCAGGGAUGAUGAUGGAGAAUAAGCGCAGUGUCUGUUCUCUUGAAGAAAACAGCAUGAAACGACACAAGUCUGAUAUCUCUUUCUCUUCCAAGGAGAGGAAGGACAAGGUUGGAGAACGUAUUUCAGCUCUUCAACAGCUAGUUUCCCCUUACGGAAAGACAGACACUGCAUCAGUUCUUCUAGAGGCGAUGCAAUACAUUCAGUUUCUUCAAGAACAAGUCAAGGUUCUAAGCGCUCCAUAUCUGCAAACAACGCCCAUUACCACGCAGGAGGAGCUAGAGGAGAACAGCCUUAGAAGCAGAGGGUUAUGUCUUGUCCCAAUGGAGUAUACAUUAGGUGUUGCUCAAACCAAUGGUGCUGAUAUCUGGGCUCAUGUGAAGACUCCAACAACUCCUGCUUUCAAUCUCAAAUCUAAUUCGCCAUUUCGAUGAUUGAGCUAAAAGAAAGAUAGCCAAAACGUUAGUUCUUUGUAACAUAUAUUGAUGGAGAGAGAGACCCAUGAAGUUGGCUGCCUCAUAUAGUCAAUGAUGGCUGUUUUCUAAUAUUUUUUACUGCUUAAUCUCCCAACUAUGUGGUGGCUUGAAUGAAUCAUCCCAUUACUUGGAAUUUGUAUUAUUUGUCGACAUUUUGGUAAUAACUGAUUCCAGUGCAAAGAUUUAUCUUACUGGGAAAUUUA